AUGGCGCAUGUUGUGAGCUUUGUGGCGGUUGCUCUGCUGGCUGUGGCUGUGGCCGGUGCCGGAGGCGAGCCGCCGCAGAAUCUGGCUGAUGCGGUGGCGUCGGCAUGGAGCGGGACUGUGACCCAGACCAUGUCCAAGUGGACGUCGACGUACACAUGGGCGACGUCUGACCGGGUCGGAGCCACGUUUCAGCAGUUUGGCAAGGGAAGGAUCAACAUUGCUCAGGCGCAGCGUGCCAAGCCAUCGGGCAUGUACAUCACCUGCUUUGGCCUUCCGGCUGACAAUUGCUACUGCGACAAGGCGCCGGUAACGUACCCGGGCCCUCUGGGUUUCACGACCGUCACGUUUGCGGACACUGCUCCGUCGCUCAUGGCCUACUCGGGCACCACUCCCGAUGGCUAUGCUCGCUACAACUACACCUGGCCGGCGGGAUCGACCGUCGCCAUGGACGUCGAUCUGCAGGCCGGCGGCGCACCCGUCGCCCUCACCUGGAUCUCCGCUCUUGGUGCUACCGAGACGUACUCGAUGACCGACGUGGUUGUCGGCGAGCCUGCGUCCGACAUCUUCACUCGCCCGUGCAACCACUCUUCCCUCUGACGGAGCAGCAGGCGUAAACAAACCGAGACUUUCCACCGAGCCCACUCCCACCGACCAUCGACUGUGUUUGGACGGUACCCUGGGCAUGGCAAGGCAUGAUUCCGAGUCUGAUCGCGGGCGGUGUACCUGAAGCCGAGAUGGCGGCGUGUCGCGAGCGGUGAGAAGCAGACCAGCAGCGCGCCAACGCAGAACGCAAAAGUGGGCGUGAUCCAGCAGGAGACGCAGUGGAU